CCAAAACCCCCAGCUCGCCUUCCCCGGCCGCUUCACCCACAAUAUGCACAUUUACACAACUCCUCUCUUGCUUCAACGUCAACAUUCCUCCCAAUAAGCCACCACCCACAGAAUCAGCCAAACCACAUCAUUCUUGUCGCAUAGUCGCUCGCUAUUGUUUGCAUUCCUCCACCAUGUCGGGCGUCUCAAGUUGGCUGCAGAAAAUGCGAAAAGCUGAGCUCAUUGACCUAUGCGAUCACGUCGAUUUUAAGGAGUAAGCUGCACCCAACGCGCGCGCAUACUCGCGCAUUUCCAGACACUGGACUAACUGUUAUCGCAGCUAUGAGGGCAUGCGAAAGACGGAAGUCGAAGUUGCGCUCGAUGAAUACCUCACUGAAAAUGCCGACAUGUACUCGGGAGACUCGCGCCUCGAUCCAUACUACAACACGAAACGAAAGGGCCACUCGCCGGUGAAGAGGGAGAGCGCAUCGGUGAUCUCUGAUCUUGUGCCUGUGAGCAGGGUGAUCAAGCGCAGAGCUACAAGAGCAAAUGAGGAUUUCUUUGCUGCAACGUGAGUUAACCUCCCUCCAGCUCCAAUGCGCGCGCGCGUCGAUCAUGUCAUGCGCGUCAUGCGAUGAGAGCUUCAGCUAACCACACCACUGCAGUGACGACUCUGAAGUCGAGCCCGCAACCACUCGCACGCGUUCAGCACUUGCACGAACACCAGCGCGUUCUUCUGCACUUGCUUUCGCAUCCAGUGUGCCACUUCCUCCCUCCCCCGCCGUCGUCGCGGACGCAAUCGACCGUCGAACAGCAGUCCUCCGCUCCAAGGUCUCGAAUGCCUACGCCGAGUCAGGAAUCAUAGAAACCACGCAUGCGACACGGGAAUCGCUCUCCUCACUCGUCGUGAUCCAAGCUCUCAUCAACUUAUUCGAAAUCUCCAACCUGCGCGCGGAAAUCUUGCCCAAUAUCAAUCUCUUCAUGAUCCCCACUAUCAAGUUCCUAGACACGAGCGAGCGCGCAUUCCGUGCACCGGAUCUCUUCUUGCUUCUUACAUCUUCGUUCUGGGGACCGGCUACAUUAUGGGCUUUCACCAGCUUCUUCGUUCCGCUCACCGCUGCGUAUUUCUUCAACUUGACGGCUGGGUCGAGCAAGGCGCGCGCGGGCCAACAGUUCGCGUAUACCUUUGAUCCUAUGACUUAUAAUCUUGUCAAGGCACUUAUAAGCUUUGCAAUUUAUGGACAGGAUGUUACGUUUGGGGGAUUGGUGGAUUUGGAGUAUGUUGCUCGGAUCAAUUCUUCGAUGUAUGGAGGAUGGGCGGGUCCGGUCGUGGGAUCGGGAAUAGGGAUGUUGCUUUCUGUCUACGAGGCUGUUAUCAGGAAUUAG